CCGCGGACCUCGGAGGACCCCAGCGACGUCCGUAGCGUAGGGCCGGGUGGACGCGGCGGCGGCGGCUGGCGUUGCGACUGACUGCGCCGGUGGGCUCUGAAACGCUUUUCGGCGGCCACACUCGCCGCUCUGGUCGAUUGUUGUGCAGCCGGCGCCAUGUCUGUGAGCGAGAUCUUCGUGGAGCUGCAGGGUUUUUUGGCUGCCGAGCAGGACAUCCGAGAGGAAAUCCGAAAAGUUGUACAGAGUUUAGAACAAACAGCUCGAGAGAUUUUAACUUUACUGCAAGGGGUCCAUCAGGGUGCUGGUUUUCAGGACAUUCCAAAGAGGUGUUUGAAAGCUCGAGAACAUUUUGGUACAGUGAAAACACAUCUAACAUCGUUGAAGACCAAGUUCCCUGCUGAACAGUAUUACAGAUUUCAUGAGCACUGGAGGUUUGUGUUGCAGCGUUUGGUCUUCUUGGCAGCAUUUGUUGUGUACUUGGAAUCAGAAACACUAGUGACUCGAGAAGCGGUUACAGAAAUUCUUGGCAUUGAGCCAGAUCGGGAGAAAGGCUUUCAUCUGGAUGUGGAAGAUUAUCUCUCGGGAGUUCUAAUUCUUGCCAGUGAAUUGUCGAGGCUGUCCGUCAACAGCGUGACCGCCGGAGACUACUCCCGGCCGCUCCACAUCUCCACCUUCAUCAACGAGCUGGAUUCGGGCUUCCGCCUUCUCAACCUGAAAAACGACUCCCUGAGGAAGCGCUACGACGGCUUGAAGUAUGAUGUGAAGAAGGUGGAGGAGGUGGUCUACGAUCUCUCCAUCCGGGGCUUCAACAAGGAGACGGCCGCGGCGUGUGCCGAGAAGUGAAGCCGGAGGCUCCGCUGGCGCCGGGCCCUGCUGACCUCAGCGGUCGCCGGUGGGGGUGGACCCCGUGCCUCUCGGGUAGUUAGCCUUGCCCCGUUGCUAAACACCGCGCUUUAUUUUCUUAACCGGUUGGUUGUGUGGUGGAAGUAUCCAAAUGGAAACGCUUUUUUCUGGGGGUGAAAAAAUAGCCUUUUCAAGGACAGACUUUCUUUGUCGUUUCAGUGAAUUUGCUCUGUAAUUCAGUGUAUUUCAGUUCUGUCGGAAAGUGUAAAUGUCAGUCUCUUGGUAAAGUCCUUUUGCUCACCCUGAUGCUGUUGAUGUACUGAUUGAGAAGUUUAUGGUCUUGUGUUUCUUCCAGAAGUGAUCCUUGGUGUUUUCUAUAUCCAAAUUAGCCAUCCAUACCCAGGUGUGUGUAGCCUGGAUACAGGAUAAAAAUGAGUAAUUAAAAAGGAUGGUUGCCAAGCAAAGGACAACUUAUUUUAUAUUUUCUUUCCUUAUUUUAAGCCUCGUGAGUAAAUCAUAUGUUGACAUUUUUUUGCAAGGGAGUUACAGCCCCAGGGUCUCUCUCACUGCCAUCAAAAUAUAAAAGAGAAAAUUGCAAAGUCAAGCUCAGAUUAUCUCGGGACGUUUUUGUAUUAAGGGAUUGAGUCACAUCUUAUCAUUUGGCUCUCUUUGCCAGGUGGGGAGUAGGGCUUAGUGUCUUACAACACCUCUGUUUUCUGAUGUUGCCUUAACAUUCUGCUCUUGCAGCAAUUUAAAGAUCGUUUUCACACACAUCUUGAACUAACACUUCAUAUAAUAUAUUUUUAAGCUAUGAAACCUUUUUCCUAGCAGCCAGCUAGACCGGCUGGUCUGAGACUACAAAGCCACCCAGUCAAGUUAAUUAGCAAUACCCUGACUGGUAUGUUCUGAGAGACAAAUGCUGUGCUUUGUCUGGAAAAAAGAGAAAACCUUGGAUUUAAAAAGGAAGAUCAGCUGAUUUGGUAAUGUUUUUUAGAGUAAGCAAUUUCAGGUUUUGGCAGCUAUCCCAACGGUCAGGUUUUAGAUUUACAGUUUUGGGCAAGUCCUGUAAACCUUGUUGGCACCCUCCUCCCCCUCCUGGUUUUCAGGUAGUGCUGAGAAUACUCGCCGUGUAAUUUUUGCUGUUGAAUUGAAACGGUUUAAAAUGGUGACGUCAUCCAUGGUUUUCUGGAGCUCACUGAAAGGAAGGUGCUAGUGUUUCCAGAAUAACAGAAAGCAUUUAGAAGUGUCAUCCUCUCCUGCCUGCUACCAGUUUAGGCGUUCCGUUUGUGCAGUGGAAUAUUUGUCAUUGCUAUCAGAGCCGUUCUCAGGCCAAGUUAAGGACUGACCAGAUUUUCCAUCAUGAGGAGGACAAGUAGAAAUGAAGCGUCAAUCGCUAUGCAUUUUUGGGUUUUAAACAACUUUCUUGACAGCUCUUUCUGCGGAAGAGUGUGUAGAACGAAGAAAGGCGUUUGGGUCUUUGAAGUGCCUAGGGUGGUCAUCUAAGAUAUGCAGUAAUAGCACUGCCCGGAUUGAGCACAAAAGGCUUCAAAUUACAUGAUCAAAUACAUGCAGUAAGUUCAGUAGUAGUUUUCUUCUACGUGGAGAAUGGACUCUGAAUGUGUGUUGAGGCUGAAGAAGACCAGGGGUGACAAGCACAUCCUGCUGUGUAACAGUUAAAAUUAGUGAACGACACCAGCCGCUCAGAGUUAAAUUGAAAGUAUUUUAAUUGACGGUAUUGAAAAGCCUCGGCUCUGGUUUUAGUGCACCAGAAUUGUUCUUUUCGACUCUAGAAGAUUGAGCGGGUUAGAAAAAGUAGAGAUGAAUUAGUGGAUGUUUUCUUUAUAAAUUUAUUUAUAAGAAGAGAACCCUUAAAUACUUCAUAAGAUUUGCCCUGUCUUAAACUUGAAUAAUACUGGUAACGCCUAAGAGAAUUUAAUAAAGAACGAAAGCUUCUUUGGCAGUGUUUUGGGUCCUUUACUUAAGUGGCUGUAGUCGAGGUACAGAUGCAGAAAGCCACCGGCAGAGUUCGUGGCGUGCACUCAGAAAUCAUGGCUUGCUUGUUUCGCGGUCUGGACCAGACUGUACUCUUCAGGCAGAGCAUCAUUGUCUGCCUGACGCCAAAAUAAGGUAUUCCCUGAACCUGAAGUCAUUUGUUUUCUUAGUAGUCACUGUAAUGAACAGUAAACAAGUAAAAAAAAAAAAAAAAAAAAAAAUCACCCCUCCGCUCCAAACAACAAUAAGAAACAUCUACAGAGGGUUAAAUUAAAUGGAUUGACUGGACUGAUGGUUUGAGUGAGCCGAGGGUGAGAGAGGGGAGAGGAGGGAAUCUGACUUCAUGGUCCGGUUUCUAGUCUGGGAGACUAAGUCGAUUUAGGUGCUGUUAGCUGAGGUCGGGGCGGGGGAGGGGCUGGCGUGGGAAGACUUCUGAAUGUGUUGGGUUCAUGAUGCUAGUUGAGCCUGAGGGGGAGAUGGCCAGCAGGACUUUGGGCGUGAGGAAAGCUCGGAGCCAGCCUGCGAUAGUUUGGGGCAGCAUUAGUGUGUACGUGGAAGGUAGGUCAGGAGAGUGGGUAUGACCCCCCAGGAGAGCGUGUAGAAUGAGAAGAGUAAGGGGCUAAGGACAAAACCCUGGUUGGUGGGGUUUAGUGAGUUAGGCAGAGGGAGAGACCAUGAGGAAAUGGAGAAGGGGUUAGAGAGACUGAAAGAACAGUGAGAGUGGCUUGUCACAGAAGCCAGGGGAAUAAAGAGGCUCUAGAAGGCUUUUUUUGGGGGACGGGGAUUUAAGAGAUUUAAAAUACAGACUUUCAGGGGCGCCUGGGUGGCUGUCGGUGAAGCGUCUGACUCUUGAUUUUGGCUCAGAGCAUGAUCUCACGGUUUGUGAGUUCGAGCCCCAAGUUGGGCUCUGCCCUGGCAGUAAGGAGCCUGCUUGGGAAUCUGUCUCUCCCUCCCUCUGCCCCACCCUCGUGCGAGCGUUCUCCUUCUCUCUCUCUUUCAAAAUAAAUAAACUUUCUCCACAGCCUGAGAGCCCUGUGACACUGUCGGGUGAGUCUUGGUUAUGCUGUGCUAAUAAACCCCAAAACUCAACAGGCAUAGUACAGAGUUUAUUUCUCACUGACACUGUGUGUCUGUUGCAGGUUCGCUGGGGCACGUGCUCCACGUUGUCCUCAUCUAGCUGACAGGAGCCAUCAACUGGCCCAUUGCCCGUUGCCGUGGGAGAGGGAAUCAGUUGUGGAGGGUCUUCUACAAACACAUGUUCUGGUUUCAAAGUGACCUGCCACUUCCUCUCACAGUUCACUGGUUAGGACUGGAUACGCCUUCCUGCUAAACAAAGUGCAAGGGGGCCUGGCAGGAUGGGAGUCUGCAGAUGGAAGGUCAAACCAAAUGUUGAAAGUCUUCAGCAAUAGGUACUUCCUUCCGUUGGAUGAAUAGUAGUAUUUCUGGUCACACGUGAACUUCACUGGGCUUGGGAGGGGCCGCUCUUACCUGUCAGAUGACGAGAAGAGGGUGGACCCGUCAGUAGUCCCCUGUGCUGUUGAAGGUGGUAUCCGGUUUGAAAGAGAUUUCUCUGGUGUGUGCGUUUGUGUCGGUUUGUGUAUGGGUGUUUUAGGCCAGCGUUCAGUGAGUUUUUGUAUGUUGCACGCACCGGGUUAAACAUUUUAUCCAGAUCAUCUGAUUUCCUGCCCAUAUAAACCCUGUGAGGUGCCUACCACCAUUUCCCCCGUUUUAGACCGGGAGCAGGCUUAGAGAGGGCAGUCCGCUUGCCCUGCGUUCACAGCGAUGAAACGGAAAGGCUGUGAUUCCGACCCACUUAACUCUGCCCCUGCAUCCACAUAUGCCGCUUCUUCCCUUAUGCUUUUGAUGGCCUCUGUAGCCUGACCAGGAAAAUCCCAAAUCCACCAAGAGUUACGAACACCGUGUAUGCGUAGCUUUGGGUUGGGUGCAGUCUCUGUUAGAACUUAGCAUAAAAAACGAGUGGGAAGCUAGGUCUGUGCCCUCCAGAAGUUUAGGGUCUAGUUACAGGGGAGAGGGUGGUGAGAAAGAUAUAAACAGGUAAGAGAUGAAACAUUCAACUAAUGUUUGAGCACCUCCUGUAAUGCUUUGGAAUUCUUAACAGCUUUAUGGAAGUAACGUUUUACAAAUAAAAUGGCUCAAAUCAAGGGAUUUAUAAAGUAGUGCAACAAUCCUCAUGUAUUAUCUUCCAGAAAGAUCCCAGCCCCAGGCCACCACUAAUCUACUUUGUUUCCAUAAAUUUGCCUUUUCAGGAUAUUUCCUAUAUAUGGAAUCAUGCAGUCUGUGGUCUUUCGUGUCUCAUCGCUUAGCGUAAUGUUUAUACGGUUUGUCCGUGCCCCAGCACAGCAUGUGUUGGUAGUUUGUUCCUUCGUAUUCCUGAGUGGUAUUCCUUUGUGGGUAUUCCACAUGUUAUCCAUUCAUUAGAUGAGGAAGAUUUAAGUUUCUACUUUUUGGCUGUUCUAACUAAUGUUGCUAUGAGCAUCCUUGUGCAAGUCUGUGUCUGAGUGGGUACUGCCAUUUCUUUUGCAUAGAUACCCAGGAGUCUGUUGUAAAAAUGGUGAUUUUAUGUUUAGCUUUUGAAGAAACUCGACCUGUUUUCCUUUCAGCAACCUAUGAGUUAACAGUCAAGACAAUACUAGACAGGACGUUAUAACAACUUUAUUGCUAAAUAAGUCGUGAAUGAUUGCUGUAGGAGUUGGGGAUGUGUUAUAUGGAAUGGUUCAUGAAAGAGGUAGGAUUUAGAGAAGCAUGGAACUAGGAGACGGUCAUUUUUCGGGGGACAGAAUUGAAACCAAAUAGAAAUGGUACAGGCAUGCCAUGGAAAUAUGGUGGAUUCAGUUCCAGAUCACUGCAGUAAAGUGAAUAUCGCAAUGAAACAGGCCAAGUGAGUUUUUUCCCAGUGCAGAUAAAAGUUACGUUUAUGCUGUACCAUAGUGUAUGAGGUGUGCGAUAACAUUAUGUCUAAAAAAAUACUGUCAUUAAACAAUACUUUAUUGCUAAAAAUGCUAUGUGUGCUUUCAGCGAGUUGUGAUCAUUCAUCACAGAUCACCAUAACACAUAUAAUAAUGGAAAAGUUUGGAAUAUUGUGAGAAUUACCAAAACGUGACAGAUGUGAAGUGAGCAAAUGCCACUGGAAAAAUGGGGCCGAUGGAUUUGCUCGACACAGGGUUGCACAGCCUUCAAUCUGUAAAAGACGCCGUAUCUGUGAAGUGCAGUCAGACGAGGCGUGCCGGUGUUAAUUUCAUAGGGAUGGGGAUAUCAUGCAUUUGAUGGCAGGAGAGAACGUGGUGAGGUCGGACUGUUAAGUUUAGAAAAGCCUGAAUUGGGAGGUUAAGGAGUUUGGACUUAGAAUGAUAAGCAUUGGGGGCUGUAUGGUUUCUUUUCUUUCUUUCUUUCUUUUUUUUUUCUUUUCUUCUCUUUUUCUUCCUUUCUUCCUUUCCUUUCUUUUCUUUUCUUUUCUUUUCUUUUCUUUUCUUUUCUUUUCUUUUCUUUUCUUUUCUUUUCUUUCCCUUCUUCCUUCCUUCCUUCCUUCCUUCCUUCCUCCCUCCCUCCCUCCCUUCCUUCCUUCCUUCCUUUUAUUUUGAAGAGGGGAGAGAGCAGCUUUGGAGUCAGCCGUAGUUUUGAAUCCUGGCUGUCAUGUUACCAAUAGAAGAGACCAAAGGCAGGGAGACCUGUGAGGAAGUGCUUGCUGUCUUUGAGGUUGUGAAGGUCAGCUUGGGCAGCUGGUCGCGGUCCUGGCUGACACAGAUGCAGUGUGCUAUAAAAGAGAAACUGGGUAGGCUUGGAAUCCGGGGUAGGAGGGAUGCUGUGGACUGAAUGUGUGUGUCCCUCCAUGUUCAUACAGUAAAGCCUGAUCCUCAGUUGGAUGGUACUGGAGGUGGGACCUGCGGAGGUAAUUAGGUCAUGAAGGUGGGGCUCUCAGGAACGGGAUUAAUGCCUGAAUAAAAGGGACCCAGAGCUCCCUCAUGCCUCCACCAUGGGAGGACACAGCCAGGAUUCGGGCCCCCACCGGAUACCGAAUCAGCUGGCGCCUGAUCACCUUGCUCGUAGAUCUGUUGUUGAAGCCACCUGGAAGGUGGUAGUUCUGUUAUAGCAGCCUGAACAGACCAAGACAGGGGAAGAGCAACUGAGAAGAAUCAGAGAUGCCUAAGCUGAAAAAAUGAAUGUGGAAAAGGGGGAGCUAGUUUCUGGGGGAAGAUGAGAAGGUUAGUUUUGCAAGUGUUGAGUUUUCUGUGGUAGAUGGUGCAGGCGUGGCUGUACUUUCUGGAGUAGAAUUUGGGGCCCUAAGACUGGAGCUGAGGGACUCCCUGAGACUGGGUAGAGUGGAUAUCUGACUGACUGCAGAGGAGCUCCUGAAGCCAGGGAGAGGUAAGGGGGAGAAAUGUAGGGCUCUGGACCAUAAUCAACCCAGCGAGUCCCUGGAGGCGGUUGAAGACCCUGAGGAGAAGAUGGCAGAGGAGCCAGAGGCCCUUGUCCUUCUCUCUAGUUCAGGUCUGUCCCAAGCAGGAGCCGGGACCAAUAGAAAAGUGAUGUAUGUUCCCUGCUCUCUCCCAUUGCCAUAGUAAUCCUUUACUUACUGUAAAGAAAACAAAAUAAACCUAUGAAAAUAUGUAGAAUCCCCAGACAAGAAAGUUGGGCUUGUUAGUUAUUUUGUGAUUUUGGUUUUUUUCCUCCUUAUUUACCCUGUUUCUUAAAUCAUUACUCGUGAUCAUCUGGUGUCAUUUAAUAUUAAUUAACAUUUACCCACCGCCAUCUGCUCUGGCUUGAGUUCUGCGUUCAUCCAUUUCAGCUGUGUGUUUCAGUGACAGAAUGCUGGCCUUGCUACGUGGAUGUACCAGCUGGACCUGCCAUGCCAUUGAGACCCGUUCAGAAGUCGAGGGGGGACUUCAGCCUCCUCUGCCAUGUCCCUGUUGUCAAAGCUUCCAUUGAUGAACUUUUCGUUCACUCUGGCAAUUGAAGUGAAGCCAGAUUAUUUUUCUCAGUUGGGAGAUAACAAAGGGCAGGAUGUUUGUUUUCGCUUUCUGGGGAAGGCUACAAGAUUGUUUUAAUCAUGACGGGGUGGUUUGGGGAGCAGAAUCCGUCAGGGGGCUGGGCCCUUCUACUUUAAUAAGACACUAUUUAAUCAGACCCAGAACUGACACAACUAAGAGAAAGACCGAUAAUCAGUGUUCAAAAAGACUAACAUUAAUAAACUUCAAGGCUUCUUUUUUUUGCACCCAGAAGUUAAUUUUCCAUCCCAGAGGAUCAGAGGGAUGGACCUACGUUCUCUUCUUCAAUCAUGCCUGGUAAUACUUGGCCGUCAGUCUUCUGGGGACUAGUCUUGGGGGUGGGCAUUGGCAGGGAAACAACAUGAGCCCAGGGUUGUGUGGCUUAGUGAGCCUUUCCAUUUCUCACCUACAGUCCCACCUGUCACAGGACAAGGACACGACUUCAUCUUGUUUAAGAAAACUGGCCAAAGGGGCACCAGAUUAUUGGGCUGUGGCCUGCCUUGUGGCAUCAAGCAGCUCUAACCUUGCCUUGAGCUCAGAACAGUCUGGAAAUAGGAACAUUUACAAAAUACCCUCACUGGGGAAAAACAAAAGGAAAUUGGAUUGGCACAGGCUUGUUUUGAACUGGCUGCAGAAAAACUCUGAUCAUUACGUAUUGUUUACACAUCAGAAGGAAGAAAUAGGUGAUACGAUAGUGGCUACAGGGACACUUUGGGGAAUAUGUGAAUGUGCACACCGUUGGUUUAUGAUACAUUUCAUACAUUUUUCUCACUGUGGACUUGUGUUACUUUUGUGAUUACAAAAGAAUUGUGUAAGCAUUGUGGUAAAUUGGGAAAUGACAAAAAACGUAAAGGUGCGUAUAUAUUUUUUGUGUUGUGGUUUAUCCUAAGUAUACUACUGACUUUAAAAACUUUCUUUCGAGGUGAUUGUGGAUUCUGCUGGUAACUUUUGAUCAGAAGUAUUACCGUGUAGCUAGCGGCUGUGUAAAUGUCUGUUCGUUUUCCUGAGCUCCUUUCACAGAGAUACAGAUGGAUGUCUUCUCCCCAGGCUCCGUGGAGACACUCAGGCGCCACGAUCAAGCUUCCCCUGUCCUUCAGCAGCACCUUUCACAUUGCUGGCAUCGAAACAAACAUACUCUAAUUGCAUUUUACAGUUUUAUAAUUGGAUUUUAUAAUUUCCAAUGAAGUUAGAAAGGAAUGUUUGUCCCUUUCUGCUUUGUCAAAGUAUUUUUACAUUCAUCACCGCAUCUGACUUUCGAAGCUGUCCUACCACAUUCUUGUGACAACUCAGGAGGCCCGGACAAAUGAAGGAGGAGGUAUUCCCAGGGACUUUCCUUUCUUCCUUAGCCUGUCUCCUCUGGGCCGCCAUCCACUCAAGCUGAUCAGCUUAUUCUCUAGUCUUGAAUUCUGAUCUCCGCUUUGUGCUGCUUUGGGAACAACCUGGCAGUUCCUCAAAAAGUUAAACCUAGAGUUAGCACAUGACUUAGCAGUUCCAGUGCUAGAUAUAUAUUUGAGAGCUAGAACUUCCGUCUAUACAAAGACUUACACGUUAAUAUUCUUGGCAACAUUACUUAUAAUAAUAGCCUACGAGUGGAAACAGUCUAAAUGUCCAUCACCUAGUGAAUGGAUAACAAAAGGUGGUAUAUCCCUGCAAUAGAAUGUUACUUGGCAAUAACAAGGAAUGAAGUACAGAUACAAGCCACAGCAUGGAUGACCUUGGACACAUGCUAAAUGAAAGAAGCCAUCACAAAGACCACGUGCUGUGUGCUUCACCUAUAGGAAAGUCCACAGACUGGGGAAAUGUAUAGUGACAAAGUAGAUUAGUGGUUGCCAUGGGGAGGGGGUGGGGGGUGGUGGGGACAACAGGAAGUGACUGCUAAGGGGGAUGGAGUUCCUCUCUGGGAAGCCGAACAUGUUCUGGAAGCAGAUAGUGGUGAUGAAUAUACUAAGCAGCAGUGAACUGUACUCUUUUAAAAAAGGAUGAAUUUUGUAGUAUGCAAAUUAUAUCUUAAUAAAAAGCCCAAACUGA